AUGGCAUCGUGGCUCUACAACACCCUCCUCGGCGGCGACAACCCGACCCCGGGCGCCAUCCGCCUCCCCGACAGCGCCUCCGCCCCAAGCAGCACCGCCCCCCCACCCUACACACGCACCAAGUCGCCGCGGCCGCGCGCGCCCCUCUCCCUCCCCGCUCUCGACGCCCUCCGCGGCAAGCGCGUCAUCCUCGCCUCCGCCAGCCCGCGCCGCAAGCAGCUCCUCUCCCAAAUCGGCCUAACAGACAUCGAGGUGGUGCCCUCCAAGUUCGCCGAGAACCUGGACAAGGCGCACUACACGCCCUUCGAGUACGUGCUCGCCACGGCAACGAACAAGUGUGCCGACGUGUACAAGACCGAGAUCGACAACGAGGUGCUGGGCGAGCCGGCGAUCGUCAUUGCGGCGGAUACGGUCAUUGUCACGUAUGAUGGCGAGAUCAUGGAGAAGCCGCGGAGCGAGGAGGGGCACCUGGCGAUGCUGAAGACGCUGCGGGACGGGAUGCCGCAUAAAGUAUAUACGGCGGUCGUGGCGAUGGUGCCGCUCGAGACGGUGGUGCACCCGGGGUAUUGCCAGGAGAGCCAUGUGGAGGAGACGGUGGUGGAGUUUGACAAGAUGGUGACGGACGACCUGUUGGAGGCGUAUGUGAAGACGCGGGAGGGCGCGGACAAGGCCGGCGGGUAUGCGAUACAGGGCACGGGCAGCAUCUUGGUCAAGAGGAUUGAGGGCACGUUUGAUAAUGUGGUGGGGCUGCCGCUGAGGGGCACGCUGAGGAUCAUUGAGAAGGCGAUGAGUGCGGAGGAGAUGCAGGAGGACGAGGAGGAGGAGAUCGAGUAG